AUGCAUAAAGUCUUUCUGGAACACCCCAAGCGCACCACAGCGGUACCGCCAGCCCAGGAGCUGCGGGGCGCACAAACAACCCCGCAGGCUCUGCGGGAGGAGCCCAGCCCGCACCGUAACCCCGGAGAAGGCCCCCAGCCCUACCCCGAGGGUGGCGGAUGGCCCCGUCUCAAAAACCGAGCACAGCCCGAGAGGCACAGCACACACAGCCCCCGAGGCCCAGCAGACCAGCGGCCACCCCACCACCGCUUCGCCCCCUCAGGCCCAGUAGCCCGGAGCUACCGGGGAUGCGUCGCCCCUCGGAUGCUCCCCCCCAGCGCCCGCAGAGCGAGGAGGAGCCGUACCACUCCGGGGAAGCCCGCCCAGAGCCGGCAACACCACCACUGCCCUCCCGCCCCGCGCUCACCGUUAAUGGCCGCCCGCAGCUUCCCGCCCUGCCCCGCGCACCGGAUCCGGAAAGCAGCGGCGGGACCGUCUCCGCCCCUGCUCCGCCUUCCCGGGGCCGCCUUGCCCCCCGCGCCGCCGUUUCGCCCUUCCCGGGACAGAGUUGGCUGCCGGCGCGUCCCGCCCCGCGCCAUGCCCCUACCCCUACCCCUGCCCCGGCCCCUGCCCACCCACACAUCCGCCCGACACCGCCCGCACCGCCGCGACGGCGCGGGGCAGACGGCGCGGGGCCCGGCCCCCCGCAGCCCCCGCCCCUGGGGCCGGGAGGAGCCAGCACCGCGCCGAGGCAUGCCGGGCCCCUGGGCCGCGCCGCCGGGGGGGCCGGCUCGGCGGGGCCGGCAGUGA